CGCAUCUUCUUGUUUUGUUCUGUGAUCUAUUCCAAAGGCGUCCAGUAACCAGUUCUCGAGGUUGAACUCCUGCGCCGCUGAACCUUCAAGAAAAAUGACUGAGCCAGUAAUCACUCAAGAUUCUGCUAUGGAGUCAGAUGAACAGCAGCAGGAUACAAAAAUGGAGGCAGAUUCAGACCUAAAGGAAGAAAGUCCUCCAGAGGAGAAGGAAACUACCGAAACAAAGGAAGAUUCGUCCCCUGCAAAGGAUGAGACCCCUAAGAAGGAGGAAGCCCCACCAGAAGCUGAAGUACCUCCUUCAGAAAAGGAGUCCGUGGCAGAAGAAAAAGAAAAAGCGGAAGCAGAGGAAGCUGGUAAGGAAGAAACGACCAGUGUUGACAAUUCAAAACGUGACGAAGAGAAGCCUGUGAGUGAAGAAAAGCCUGCGCCAGUUGAAAAUGGAGAUCACGUAAAAGAUGAAGAGGUGAAGACCGAUAUUAAAGAAGAGUCACAGGAAGUAGGGGAAAAACCAGAAGCACCAGUAGACACACCACAGAAAAGGAAAUAUGGAAGAAAAUCUAACGCUAAUGUUGUGUUAGAUGGUGGUUCAAUCAAAGUUCCAGAAGGAUGGCGCAGAGAAGUUGUUCAGCGAACGGGAGGGGCGUCGGCUGGAAAAAUGGAUGUUUACUAUUACAGUCCCACCGGUAAAAAGCUCCGUAGCAAAGUUGAAUUGCAAAAGUUUUGUCAGAAAAACGAUAUUGUCGUCAAUGUGGAUGAUUUUUUGUUCUCCCAGCCGAAGGGGAUGUCCAAUGCAGGGACCCAAAAAGUCACAGCACCCAGAGCACCAAAGACUGCCAAGAUACCAAAGACAGAUCCCCCAAAGAAGAGGAAAGCCAAAGUAGAGGAGGGAAUUCCAGGAAAGAAAAAGCGAUCUGAGUACUUUAAACAGAAAUCAGAACCAAGUAGGUUAAGACUGAAAGGAAGUGAGAAGUGGAACCCUCCUAAGUCGCCUUUUAACUUGCUGCAGGAGGUCUUAUAUCAUGAUCCAUGGAAACUGUUGGUUGGAACAAUAUUUCUCAACAGAACUACAGGGGAAGAAGCUCUAGGGAAAAACAUCCUUUGGAAGUUUCUUGAUAAAUGGCCUACUUCAGAAGAAGCUUGCAAAGCCAAAUGGGAAGACAUAGCUGAACUCAUUCAGCCUCUCGGACUUCAUGAAAAACGAGCUAAGAUGAUCAUUCGAUUUUCAGAGGAAUACCAAACUAAGGACUGGUUAUAUCCCAAAGAACUACAUGGGAUAGGCAAGUAUGGAAAUGACUCUUACAGAAUAUUUUGUGUCAAUGAGUGGCGUAAAGUACGUCCCACUGAUCACAUGCUCAAUUUCUACAUAGACUGGCUCUGGGACAACCAGAGAAUUUUGGGGCUUGACUAGUGCACAGGUGUUGUGAAAGGUUUGGAUUUUAACAUUUGUAUAAAACAGUGAUCUACAGUUUGACCAUGAAUUGUAAGUUAUAUUUUAACUACAAAAAAGUACACAUGAUAAUGCUUGUCCAUUUCAGAAUAUAUUGUCAUAUUUGCUAUCAUCAUUAUUAGGUACAGGAAUUAUCAAGCAGAUUGUAAAGGAUAAUUUAAACAGAAAGGAAUCAUUUAGAUAAGUUUUUAAGUUGAAAGGAACUACAAUAUAGAUAAGUGUAAACUUUGCUGCAGAACAUGUUUUCUCAUUAUAUAUUUGAUCAAUCAGAAAUUUGGGUAAUUGAUAGAUUAACACAGUGGGAGUCCAUUAGUAAGUUGAAAAUACGUAACUUUCCCAGGAACUUUCCAUAUUUUGUGGAAACAUUGCUUGCUACAAAUGUGGUUAUGAUGAAAAUUCCAUAAAUCUUUAGUGGAACCCUUUUGUACACUCCAGUAUCUAAUACACAAAUAUUAUACAAUUCAUAUUUACAAUAUAACAUUCAGUACAGCAUGUACGUACUUGAUAUAUUACAUAUUAAUUUACUUCAUGCAUCUGUUAAGGGAAUGUUCAUUUUCCUAUGAACUGUCCAGUUAGGUAUGAAUAUUGUUCUGAGGAAUUUGAGGUUGCAGUUCAGGCUGUGGUUUUAUAUAUGUAGGUAAAUAUGUCAAACGGAACAUUUGCCCCAAGCAUUGGUAUUAUUGGCAAUGUUGAUGGUCUAGUAGUCAUCUUCUGUCAGUAAGAAAGUCUGACUGGUUAUUGUAACAUUUCACUGAUGGAGCAAUGCUGUAAUAUCAUUUUCAGACAGUUUUCACAUUGAGUAGGUCUAGUGAAGGAGCCAUGAUGUGAUUGAACUGUGUAAUAGCAGAAUGCUGAUCCAAGUUUCAUUUAGUUUUUUUUCUUUUUUAAGGUUAUGCUCCUCGUAAAGGUUACAGUAAUUAGCUUCUGGCUAGUUUUCUGAGAAUUUGUACCCUUCCCACAGCACCUCAUUCAUGUACAUUAUCACAUUCAUUGUACAUAAAGUUGUAAUUUAAGCCUCACAAACAUUUCAUAAUCAUAGAUAUAAAGGAACAUUUAAUAAUACAGUAGCUGUGACAGUAGGAAAUAGAAGUUUUAUUAGUUUAAAAAAAAAUCCUAUUUGCUGUGAAUAUUUUUCAUUAAUAAUAAUGAAAAUAAAAUUAAUUAUUUGUGCAGGAAAGGAAAUAUUUAUAUUACUACUAAAACUCUUGGAUUACAUUAAUUAUACAGUAUAUUGGUAAUUAAAAGCUUGUCUCAGUGGUAGAUUGAUAUGAUACCUUUGCAACUAAACAAAAUGAAGAGUAGUUUAGGUGAAUGCUCUUAUGCAUUAUACAAAAUCAUUGCUUGGUCUUUCCUAGUAAUAAACUUUUGAAUUUUUAAAAAGAUUUUGGAAGGGAUUUUGGACAUGUAGAAGUCGUAUUACAAGAGAUUUAUUUACUGGUCACUUUCCUGAAAAUAUUAUUGGUAGCUGAUUUAACAAUAUUUUGAAUGAAAAUGAUUUCCCAGCAAUAAAUAGUAUUGCUAGGCCUUAAUAUAUAUUGAAUUCAUUGGAAGAAAAACAGAAAUUUGGUAUAAACACAGUGUAGUGUACUCUACAGCAUAAGUAAAAUGAUUGCAGAGAUAGGGAAAUCGCUUAUCGUGGUCUUCAGGAUAUAAUAUACAACUUGAAUGAGAAAAAAGCAAGGAAUUAAAGUGUUUACAAAAGAACUUGUCCUUAGGGGGAAUAUUAUUUGAUAAUGUAACAGAUUGCAAGUAUCUUUAAUUUUGCUAUUUUAUUAGUUUCAUAUUUUAAGUAUACUGUAUGAUGAAUUCCAAGGUCUUCUGAAAUUUGUUACUGUAUUUAACGGAAUUUAAUCUUAUUUGAUGCAUUAAAUUUUCAUCAUUACA